UCUACACUUAUAUCAUAAACAAUUGCAUCUCAGAGUCUCAAACUAAACCAAAAAUCAAAUACUUCUUUAGUCCCAAAAGCCCAUAUGGAUGAUAAACAUGAACUAGCACUACAACAGUUCAGAGACUCAGUUGAAAAGCUUGGCUCUUCCACAGAGAACUGUGAAGAGCCAACACUGAUGAGAUUCCUGAUAGCAAGAUCAAUGGACCCCAACAAAGCUGCAAAGAUGUUUGUUCAGUGGCAGAAAUGGAGGAGUUCGUUUGUGCCUUCGGGUUCGAUCCCAGCUUCUGAAGUGCCUGAUGAAUUAGAAGCUCAGAAAGUUUAUUUACAGGGCUUGUCUAGGAAUGGAAGCCCAGUUGUGGUAAUAAAAGGCAACAAGCAUUUUCCCCCCAAGGAUGUUCCACAGUUCAAGAAAUUUGUGGUUCAUAUGCUUGAUAAAUCAAUUGCAAGUGCUUUCAGAGAAAAAGAAACAGGAAAAGAGAAGUUGAUGGGUAUUAUCGAUCUACAAAAAAUGAGUUAUAAGAACAUAGAUGCCCGUGGGUUGAUCACCGGUUUUCAGAUGUUACAGUCUUACUAUCCAGAGCGAUUGGGAAAGUGUUUCAUAAUAAAUAUGCCUUGGUUCUUUGUGAGCGUCUGGAGAUUGGUGUCCCGCUUCCUUGACAAAGCAACAUUAGAGAAGGUAGUUGUUGUAUCAAAUGAAGAUGAGAGAAAGGAGAUCAUCAAAGAUAUCGGUGAAGAGGUCUUGCCAGAAGAGUAUGGAGGGCGUGCACAACUAGUUCCUCUCCAAGAUGUUGUACUCCCAGCAUUCGAAGGGGAACAUAAGUUGACGACUCCGGCAGAGAAGUCCAAUGGGGCUGUUUCCACAUCUCCACAAUUACCAUAAUGUUGCCUCAUUUGUUAUGCACAAGUGGUAGUUUAUUAUGAUCUUAGCAAGAUAAAGUAUCUGUUGCAAAUCAUUUUGGAGCAGUGAGGAUCUAUUUUCUGACCUUUAAUGCUAGUUUCUGAGUUUACAAAAAACAGCCACAGAAUUGUGGAUUCAGUUUUAAAAUGCAUCAUUUUUCAUUAUUCUGUGUUCAAUCCUUAAAAAGUUUAGCUUGUAAGUUGCUAAGCAGGUUGUUUAUAUUUGGGAUAUGCGCUUGUAUGGAGGACAGUUUCAUAAAUCAUUUUAAUUUUUUC